CAGCUGCAAUGUUGUUUGACUGACAGAUAUGACUCUUCGCUGCUUUGUUUACCUCCAGCACACAUACGGUUAAUCGGGAUUGACAAGCUAAGGGUAGUUGCGCAUGCGCAGGUGGCGCUGACAGAGGAAACAGCCGGGGAGUAGUCAAACAGUCCACGACCAGAGAGAAAGAGAGGGGAAAAAGCCGAGAGAAGACCAAGAACUCAGGUUCAGCUGGGGUUUCGCCCUCUCAAGACCAUUAUGCUCGUCUCGCCGCCGUCGCUUCCUCUCAGGUGUCCGCUUCCCGGUCGCUGAAUGGCGCUGGUUACCGUGCAGCGUUCACCGACCCCCAGCACCAGCUCCAGCCCCUGUGUUUCGGAGUCCGGUAGCGGGGAGGAUGACCGCCGCUCUCAGCCUCGGAGCAUCAGUGAAAGUUUCCUGACAGUUAAAGGAGCUGCUCUCUUCUUACCUCGAGGAAAUGGCUCCUCCCCAUCUUCUGCCUCUCGUUUUUCCCAGCUGCGCAGUAAACAUGCAGGAGACAUCCAGCAGCAUCUACAAACCAUGUUCACUCUCCUCAGGCCAGAGGACAACAUCAAACUGGCGGUUCGGUUGGAGAGUGCCCAUCCUCAGGUCACCCGCUACAUGGUGGUGGUCUCAACUAAUGGUCGUCAGGACACGGAGGAGAGCGUGGUGCUGGGAAUGGAUUUUAGUCCGGUCGAUAGCUCAUGUUCUGUAGGGAUGGUUCUGCCCUUAUGGAGCGACACCUUGAUACAUCUGGAUGGAGAUGGGGGUUUCAGUGUGUCAACCGAUAACAAAGUGCAUGUGUUCAAGCCCGUUUCUGUGCAAGCCAUGUGGUCAGCCCUCCAGUCACUCCAUAAAGCAUGCGAGGUGGCUCGUUGUCACAACUACUUUCCAGGCAGCUUGUUCCUCACCUGGGUCAGCUACUAUCAAAGCAGGGUCUCCUCCGACCAGGCCCGCAUCAACGAGUGGAAUGCCAUGCAGGAUGUGCAGUCACACCGUGCUGAUUCUCCUGUGCUCUUCUCUGAUGUACCUACGGAACGAGAGCUGACAGAGCGUCAGAUCAAAACCAGUUUGAGGGAAAUCAUGAUGCAGAAAGAUCUUGAGAAUGUCACCUGCAAAGAGAUCCGAACAGAGCUAGAAAUGCACAUGACAUGCAACCUGCGAGAGUUCAAGGAGUUCAUAGACAAUGAGAUGAUUGUCAUUCUGGGCCAGAUGGACAGUCCGACAGAAAUCUUUGAUCACGUCUUCUUAGGAUCUGAGUGGAAUGCAUCCAAUUUGGAGGAGUUGCAGAAGAGCGGAGUUCAGUACAUCCUGAAUGUAACGAGGGAGAUUGAUAACUUCUUCCCUGGCGUGUUUGAGUACCACAACAUCCGAGUUUACGACGAGGAGGCCACUGACCUGCUUGCCUAUUGGAAUGACACCUACAAGUUUAUAUCCAGAGCCAAGAAAGCUGGGUCCAAGUGCCUGGUGCACUGUAAAAUGGGCAUAAGUCGCUCCGCAGCCACAGUGAUUGCGUAUGCCAUGAAGGAGUAUGGAUGGGAUUUGAAAAAAGCCUUUGAUUACGUCAAGGAGCGUCGAACUGUGACCAAACCCAACCCUUCUUUUAUGAGACAGCUGGAAGAAUAUCAGGGAAUACUCCUGGCCAGCAAGCAGAGGCACAACAAACUGUGGCGCUCUCACUCCGAUAGCGAUCUAUCUGAGCACCAUGAGCCACUGUCUAAGUCCUACGCCCAACCCCACAGCCUGGGUCGCUCAGACCCCCAUAACCAGGCAGGUGGCACGCCUGGUCCCUCUGUGAAAGAACUGCUGGAAUCACUGGGAACUUCAGCCAGAGCUGGCAAAGCGACACACUCCACUAGCCAGCCUGAUACUGGUAUCAAGUCCAAUCCGCUCGGUUCUUCUUCCCUUGAAGGGGUAGCAGCUCUAUCAGGUGAUGCUGAAACUCGAGGCCCUAAAACUGCCUCGCAUUCUGCUGUAGCGCAGAGUAGCCAGCUGCACAACCCUCGUCCUCACUCCACAGCUGGUUCUGUGUCUUUAUCUCCCCCACUCUCCAAUGGCUUAUGUGACUCUGAGGAGCAGCGCUCAUCGCCUCCUCUCUCCGAGCCGAGGGCCGCCACAGUGGUGCCUGAGCCCCAGAAGACUGAUAUGGUGACUGUUGCACAAAGUGUUUUGGUGGGACAGCCUCAUCCACCUCCAUCUGUGCACCACCUCCCUCCUUCUCCUGCUCCGUCCCCAACUCCAGCCUGCAUGGAUGACAAGGUUAUCAAACCAGUGUUGUCCUGCUCUGUGAUAAAACCAAUGUUGGUGUCAGUGCCUGAGCCCAUGACUACACAAACACCAAGCACACAACAGACUGGACCCCACUCUCUGUCUGCACCAGUGAUGGUCAAAAAAUCAGACUGCGAUCCACAGAUAUGCGGCUCAUCUAUGGAAGGUUUAGCCCCCCAUCCUCCUUCCACGAAUGAUUUUAUCAGCUAUCCCAGUGCCAUUCCACACGACAAUGUGUUGUUGUUCGGCCACAGUGCAGAUCACAUAAAUUUUUUCAGUGCCAGGGAGAAGUUCAAGGGAAUGAGUCAAGAUGGUAAAAGUCACUGUGCUACAGUGCAGCAGUCGCCUCUGCUAAAGAACUGUGGCAAAGACCAACCGCUUCAGGAGGUCUCCACUGGUGAACAGAAGGAGGAAGAGAAAGGAAAGGAAAUUCAUGUCCCUGUGCAGGUCACAGGACAGAAGCCCACAGAAGCAUCACCUCUCGCCCCUCUUAACCAACCAGAACCUCAAGGCCCCCAAGACCAGGAAGUGAGGAAGUCGAGACAGGAAAUGGAAGACAGAGAUGUUGCAUUACAGAAGGAAGCAGAGAAUGUAAAAGAGGAAGUAAAACACAAAGAGGAGGAGGAGGCAGGUCCUGCUCGUCUCUACAGCGACUGGACAAGGGGGUCUGUGCGACGUGUCACACAACAGCUGGAGCAAAGAAUGAAACAUGAGACUCCGUCGCCUUCGUCUUCUCCGCCGUCCCUCUCCGGUAGCACCUCCUAUGCUCAGCGUCGUCCGCACAGCAUCCAUGUUGCAACAAUCUCAGAUCCCCAGGAUGCAUCAGUUGGCUCGCAGGUGUCUAUAGCUGGCACUGUGCAUGAAGAGCAGGAGGAGGAAAAUAGAAAGUUGAGACCAGUUAAAACGGAGAGUGCUAAUGUAGUAGAGAUGGGAACCCCAGGAAAUAAUGACAAAAGCACAAAAGGACACAAAGUCCAGCCUGCUGAUACUAGACUGCUCUCUACCUCGUCUUUCCACCACUCUGCCCAGUCUCCCUUUGCCUCUGUGAACUUCCUUUGUUUGGAGGGUGUGACCGAGCUCGAGUCAAGCUCAGACUGGGACUGUUCAAUAGAGGGGCCCCACAGUGACUUUAUCAUGAGGGAGACGUGGGAGACUUUGUGUGAACUGGGUGCCUUCUUGCAGCAGGUGAGCAUGGGUGGAAGCUGCAACGCCAGGCAGGUGGAUCAGGCUUUUGGAGCCACUCAGAAGCGAGGUAGCAGCGUCCAGAAGAGGGUUAAGGAGGUAGAAGCCAGGAUUCGCCAGGCAGGACUGACCCCUCCAUCCCUGAUGAAGCGCUCGGCCUCUCUGGCCAAACUGGGCUGCUUGGAGCUGCUCGCCAAUGACCUGAGUGAGUGGGAGCUCAGCCGCUGCACCGCAGCUCCACCCUUAGCACAACCUCCAGUCCACACAGUUAAUGAUGACUCCAAGAAGCAGCGGGUCCACAACUUUCCUUCCUCAGCCAGCCAGCAGCCAGAAGUCCUUGAGAUCAGCGCAAAGAGGCUUUCUGAACCAGGAGAAACCUCACCAGGAGUGUCUCUACUGUCAAAUCAGAGUCCGCAGAGAGGAAAAGUCGCAAACUCUGGCCAGGAUUCCCUGCAUUCGCCUGUGCUGACACUUAUGACGACAAGGCAGCAAUAUGGAAGGACUCACCCUCUGAGGCGGCUUAAAAAGAGAACUGUUAGCACCCUUUACCACACCAUGUAACCCUCCAUUGUGUGUGUGAGAGAGAGAAAGGGAUCAUGCACCUAAAAAAAAAAGAAAGAAAAUAUGUGCGUAUGAUUUUAUUCAGCAAAACAAACCAAUGCCUCUUGCCUUAAAGGAUGUGUUUAGUAGUUUCUGUACAUUUUUUCCCUACAGAUCCACCAAGAGCCUCUGUGAAAUCUGUAAUAUGUGAUACCAGCGUCAGUGCAAGAACAGGCUAUGAAGGGUCCAGUUAACUACAAUUAAAUGAAAGAAGUCAUUUAAAAAAGCAACAAAAACAAUCAUCCGAAUGUUAAUAUGCCUGAGCCUCAGUCUUUACAUCAUUGCUGGUUUCUCCUUUAUCUACUUGAUAGUUACUUGAUUGCUGUUGGUUGAUUGAAUCGUCCAACCUGAUGUUAGGUAGAAUGUAGCCUCCGUUUUCCUCUUCUCCUGCUUUAUGUCUCUUCAUCCACAGUUUUUUUUUUUAGUUUUGCUGGAGGGAAAAAGCUGCAGCUGUUCUUCUGGUACAAUCUGACAGGUAUGACAGGAAUCUGCCCCAAAUCACAACAACACAGACGUGUCAAACUGGCAGAUUUGGUUCAAAAUGAUCAUUUAAAGAUUUGGCAAAAACACUUUGCACCAGAAACAACAACAACAACAAAAAUAUUAAGCAAAGUUGAUUCUAAACACAGAAGCUCUCAGGUUGAACCACAGACAUCAGAUCUUAGUGUUUUCCCUCAAAGAAUGGUAAAUCCAGAGCUGGUGGCAGCAUUUGAAGAUGGUUGCAUAGUUGUCCACCAGUUUAUUGGAACAUAAAGAGGAGAGGCAUGCUGGAUUUUAUUUUGUUUUAUUUUUAUUUUUUUGUUUUGACUACACAAUACCUCAGUAAGUCAGCCAAAUCUGACCUGCACAAACGUCAGGUUCUGGGUUCCUGGAAUGUCUGUCAAUCAGAAUCAAUUUUAACUUCAUCACUUGACAAACUGAUGUAAACUUGUCUCUCUCAUGUCCUCUCACAGUUCUGAUGCCACUCAAAGUAGAAUUUUCUUUUUUGAAAUGUAUGUUUUACUGUAUGGGAGAAAGGGUAGGGUAGGUUAGGGGGAUUGGGAAUUAAAGGCAGAGUGUAUAUUUGUGAGUAUCUGCUCCGUUCUCUUUGGGAUGUAAAGGUCUAUAUUGUUGUGAGUGUUGACAUUUUAGGAACUGUACAUGUUUUUUAUAUCUGGCUUGUGUCUGUGUGUGAGUGCGACUGUGUAGCACAACUUUACCAUGUGGGUGUGUACUUUUUUUUUUAAACUAAAUUGAUCGUUAUCUCUUUUGUACACUUUUUAGGAGUGUGCCUGUGACUGGCAAUUGAAGCCUCUCUGCAGUCUAUCAGAAAUGUCUGUACAGGGACGUCUGUCAUACAUGCACUUUACUCCCUUUUUAAUUUUAAAUGUGGCUUCUUUUUUUCCCUUUUUUAAAAAUAAGAAAGAAAUGUGUGUUUGCUACUUUUGGGGAGCAUGCUUGGGUAGUAGCUGUUGGGUAUGUGUGUGUACUGUCAAAAACUUUUAGUUUUCCUUUAUUUUAAACUGUCAGUGUAAAUAUUCUUUUAUAUCAUGUGCUUCAACUGUGACCAUUAAACGAUGGAAAUUAUUACGA